GCAAACAAAAAUACAAUGUUCUCCUUCUUCUCUUCACCUCUUCAACAAUUCUUCUUGAUUGUAGCCAUUUUAGCUUCAUUACUUACUACAAUCAGUACUGCAAAUAUCGGCUAUGUUGAAACCAAUCGUAGUUGGAGGCAAGAACAGGUUGAUGAAGUGAGGAUGGAGAUGGUUGAGAGGAUUGGAAAUCAUUUUGAAGAAGGAGGGAGACCUUUCUACGUGAAUGGUUUUAAUACCUACUGGCUUAUGGCUCUUGCAGCUGAUCCUUCGACGAGGGGGAAGGUGACAGAGACAUUUGCAGAUGCGUCGUCGGCUGGUCUCACAGUUGGCCGGACUUGGGCCUUCAGUGAUGGCGGCCAGGGGGCGCUGCAGAAAUCUCCUUCUGUUUAUGAUGAAAAUGUCUUCAAGGCACUUGAUUUUGUGGUUAGUGAGGCAAAGAGGCAUAAUAUUAGGUUAAUACUGUCAUUAACAAAUAAUUGGAAAGAUUAUGGUGGAAAGGCUCAGUAUGUGAAGUGGGGAAUAGCUGCAGGCUUGAAGCUUAGUUCUGAUGAUGAUUUCUUUAGUGAUCCCACUGUGAAAGGCUACUACAAAGCUCAUAUCAAGACGGUUCUCAAUAGAGUAAAUACCUUCACAAACAUCCCAUACAAAGAAGACCCAACAAUCUUUGCAUGGGAAUUAAUGAAUGAACCUCGUUGCCAAGCUGAUCCAUCAGGCAACAAGCUACAGUCAUGGAUAGAAGAAAUGGCACUCUAUGUAAAAUCGAUUGACCCGAAGCACCUACUUGAGAUUGGGCUCGAGGGCUUCUAUGGACCCUCGACGCCUAAUCUUCUUCAGUUCAAUCCCAACACCGUCGCCAGUCAAGUCGGCACCGACUUCGUCAGGAACCAUCGAGCUCCAGGCAUUGACUUUGCCACAGCCCACAUCUAUCCAGACACAUGGGUAUCGAGUUCGAUCCCGAGCAAUCACCUUCCAUUCACAAACUCCUGGAUGCAGAGCCACAUUGAUGAUGCAGGGAAUGUGCUCGGAAAGCCGGUAUUGUUCGCCGAGUUCGGCGAAUCGACAAAAGACAGUAACUUCAGUGUUGGUUUCAGAGAUCAGUUCAUUAGUACAGUUUAUACCAACAUUCUGAACUCCAUAAGGAGAGGAGGGAGUGCUGCAGGUGGCCUUCUAUGGCAGCUCUUCCCUGAAGGGACUGAUUACAUGGAUGAUGGUUAUGCAGUUGUGCUUGCAAGAUCAAAAUCUACAUCAAGUAUUAUUUCUCUGCAGUCAAGGAGAUUGCAGAUGUUCAACUCCAGAUGUUCAUGGAGGCGCAAAUUGAUUUGCAGAAGGAAUUAGAGCACUGAGGAUGUUAAUAUAUAUUUGGAUGGAUAGCUAUUGAGUAUGUACUGAAUCCAUAUAUAUGUAAAUGUAUGAUUGAAAAUGUUAUGUGAAUGUUAGAUUAUGUGGAAUACACAUAUGUUUUCUAUGUUGUGCUUGUAUAGGGAUUUUGUUCUAAUAAAACUUAUAUAUUGAAGU